AUGGACAAACAAACUAUGGGGAGUUAUAAUUUUCCAUCACAAAUUCAUCUUCUAGUAAUAACACUACUUAUCAGCAUAACUCUUUUAACACCGAUCACAACCAAUACAUCACAACCAUGGGAUAUCCUUUCCCACAACGACUUCGCCGGCAAACUCACCACCGCCUCAUCCGCCGUUGAAUCAGCCGCCACCGAUUUUGGCCACGUUACUAAAAUCUUUCCCUCAGCCGUCUUAAACCCUUCCUCCGUCGAAGACAUCACCGAUCUCAUAAAACUCUCUUUUGACUCUCAAUCCUCUUUUCCUUUGGCCGCUCGUGGCCAUGGACACAGCCUACGUGGUCAAGCCGCCGCUAAAGACGGAGUCGUGGUCAACAUGCGGUCAAUGGUAAACCGGGACCGAGGCAUCAAGGUGUCUAGGACCGGUUUAUAUGCUGACGUGGACAGUGCGUGGCUAUGGAUUGAGGUGUUGAACAAAACGUUGGAAUUAGGGUUAACGCCGGUUUCUUGGACGGAUUAUUUGUAUUUAACGGUCGGUGGAACGUUAUCUAACGGCGGAAUUAGUGGACAAACGUUUCGGUACGGUCCACAGAUCAGCAAUGUUCUUGAGAUGGAUAUUAUUACUGGAAGAGGAGAGAUUGCAACUUGUUCCAAAGACAUGAACUCGGAUCUUUUUUUCGCCGCGUUAGGAGGUUUGGGUCAAUUCGGAAUCAUAACAAGAGCCAGAAUUAAACUCGAACUAGCUCCAAAAAGGGUUAAAUGGUUAAGGUUUCUAUACGCUGAUUUUACCGAGUUCACAAGAGAUCAAGAACGACUGAUAUCAGAAACGGACGGUCUAGAUUUCUUGGAAGGUUCCGUUAUGCUGGACCAUGGCCCACCUGAUAAUUGGAGAUCCACUUAUUACCCACCGUCCGACCACUUGAGGAUCGUCUCAAUGGUCAAACGCCACCGUGUCAUCUACUGCCUCGAAGUCGUCAAGUAUUACGACGAAGCUUCUCACCAUGCAGUCAACGAGGAAAUGGAGGAGCUAAGCGAGAGUUUGAACUAUGUAAGAGGGUUUAUGUACGAGAAAGAUGUGACGUACAUGGAUUUCCUAAACCGGGUUCGAACCGGAGAGCUAAAACUCAAAUCCAAAGGCCAAUGGGAUGUUCCACAUCCCUGGCUUAACCUCUUCGUGCCAAAAUCUCAGAUUUCGAAAUUUGAUUAUGGCGUUUUUAAGGGUAUUAUCCUUAGAAAUAACAUCACUACCGGUCCUUUUCUUGUUUAUCCCAUGAAUCGCAACAAGUAA